AUGCGUCGAAAAGUCUUCGCUUCGCUCCUACUCGCGCUAAUCGCCACAAGCGCUGCGGCGAAAGAGGAGGAAGACGAUUAUUUGGAAGAGGUCGCGAAGAGAGUGGAAAAGCGACCGCUCUCGAUACUACGAAUUGAUGGCAUACGCGAGGUACCGCAGGCCGUUGGCAUGGAGCCGGAGAGUAGUCGACAGGGUGCUCAAGCGCUAAUAAUGCAGCAGCAACAACUUUUGCAACGACAACAUGAACAGCAACAACUAAUUUUGCAAUUACAAGAGAAUCAGUUGGAACUGAAAGAGAAAUUGCAAGCGCAAAAGCAGCCACAAUCACAACAACAACAACAGCAACUACAACCAGUGGAAGAUCUAGCCGAGCUUGGUGAAUCCGUUGUCAUCAAAACGGUUGAUCUGAGUCAAUUGCUGGCACAAAAAUAUGGCACGCCGUCGGCACCUGCACAUACCGAUCGUCCACAUCGUCACCAUCACCACCACCACAGCGAUCAUCCUCCACCGCAUCGUAGGUAUCACAGCGAUGACUCUGAUGAAGAUGACGAUGAUGAUGAUCGCUAUCAUCGUCCACGUCCACCAAUACCACCGCACUACUAUUAUCAGCCGCCACCCGGUCACAGCUACUAUGGGCCAUACGGGGCGCCACCAUCUCAAUACUACCAGCACACACAUUAUCCCUACUAUCCGUCAUACUACAACCCAUACGGUAGUUAUGAUUACCGUUAUCCAUACGUGCGUUCGGCACCAACAACGAGUAGGAAGAAGCAGUCUAAAGCUCCGGCCGGUGUUAUACCAUUGACAGCUGCGCUACUACGCGCAGGCGCUCAGCAGCGUUCAGCGGCGGGCGCUGAUGUGCAGCCGUCAGUGGAAAAAACGGAAAAAGUGUAA